CUCAACCCCGCUUGUUCGGUCGUUAUACGACCGAUUCUGACGUCACAAAGCGACGCGUUGCGGAGUCGUUUCGUUAGUUCUUCUUCAAUCCGCCCGCGCGCAAGUGUCUUUUGGUCGUGAAAAAUCUGCCAUCAUGGGUCGUAUGCACGCUCCUGGAAAGGGUAUUUCCCAGUCAGCUUUGCCAUACAGACGUAGUGUGCCGAGCUGGUUGAAACUUACUCCUGAGGAUUGCAAAGAACUUAUUUACAAACUAGCCAAGAAGGGUCAUACUCCAUCCCAAAUAGGUGUCAUCCUUCGUGAUUCUCAUGGAGUAGCACAAGUUCGUUUUCGUACCGGAAACAAAAUUCUGCGAAUUGUGAAGAGUAUGGGACUUGCUCCAGAUCUACCAGAGGACUUAUACUACCUGAUCAAAAAGGCUGUUGCGAUCAGGAAACACUUGGAGCGGAAUCGUAAGGACAAGGAUAGUAAAUUCCGCUUGAUUCUAGUUGAAUCUAGAAUUCACAGACUCGCCCGUUAUUAUAAAACAAAGGGUUCCCUUCCACCCAACUGGAAGUACGAAAGUUCAACCGCCAGUGCUCUUGUAGCCUGAAUUAUACUACUUUACUAUCAUUACAUGUCAAUAAAUUUCUUUUAUUGAUUU